UCCCUGUGAUUAAGGUAAAGGACGCAUAAUAUAAAGUUAACCUGCAAAAGAGAGAGAUAGUGCUGACCUUUGUAACGACACAGGACAAGAUGAUACGGAGCUUCCUAACAAAAAGGCCAGUGAUAUGGAGAUUUGCGGUAUCAAGUCAUCCCCGAUGUUGUCUGAAUACUGAGGCUCCACCCGAGCUGACACGAGGAGAGAAAAAUCUCAUAGAUGCUCUCAGGGUUAAGUUCCCUGGGUCGACCUCAGUACAGGUUGCCGAUAUAUCAGGUGGGUGUGGAGCUAUGUAUCAGAUAUCGAUAGAAGCCAGUGAGUUCACAGGAAAGUCCACACUGCAACAACAGAGGAUGGUGUACAAGGCUCUGUCAGAAGAAAUAAAGGAAAUGCAUGGACUGCAGAUAAAGACCAAGCCGUCAAACUCUUCAUAGAGAUGUUGUGUACAGUUGUUUGUUAUAUAUGUACAGACUCUUGCCUUAUGUUAACAGACUGUGGCUUAGGUUGUACAGACUGCGGCAUAUAGAGAAAUGAGAUUUGGAUCUGAAAUCGAACAUUUAAUGUUUUAUUCUUUGGAGUUGGAUCAGAAAAAAAACAAAUGAAUCUCUAAACAUAUUAUGGGAAAAAUGGCAAAUUUAUAAUA